UAACCUCACAGUACAACUUGAUGCUCCACACUUGUUGCUUUUCGAACUUACUUUCACACAUUUAAAUAAUGGAUCCAGAAGAAUUAGAAUUCUUUGCUGAGAAACAAGAAGUGAGCAUCAUUCCAACAUUCAAAAGCAACGUCAUCCACAUGAUAACUGGUGAUGUAGGCCCUUUCAGAGCUGGUUUACCAAUUAAAGUACCACUGUGGAUGGCAAUAAGUCUCAAACAGCAAAAGUGUAAGGUACAAGCCCCAGAAUGGAUGGACAUAGAAUUGCUGGAGAAUCUCAAGGAAAAUGAGAAGAAUUCAAGAAUCUUCACAAAAAUGCCAAGUGAUCACUACAUGGUAGAAGCAAAACUCCUAUUGGGACAUGCAGCUGAUGAUAUACCAAGAGCAGAAGAAAUUAGAACCAUAGUAAAAGAUAUUUGGGAUAUAAGAAUGUCUAAACUUAGAGCAUCUAUUGUUUCAUUGAUGAAGAGUUCUGGAUCAUAUGCUGCUGUAGAUCACCUAACUCCCAUGGAAAUUAAUUCUGCAAGGCCCAUGCUGCCUCAUGGUUUGGAUCAGGUGUAUAGAAUGAGAAGUGGUACAAAAAUCAAUGCAAGUCAUUCUCAAAAUACAACAACUCUUGGAAGUGCCUCACAUUCUGGAAAUUCAUCAUCUAGGUUGUCCAGUUCAACAUUUAGGCAUUCACACACUUAAUUUUGAUUACAUUUUCAUAUUUUGAAUGAUAGGCAACCACUAUUACCUACGAAAUAUUUGUUCAGUGUGAAUUCUGUUGUGAUAAAGGAAUAUCGCAUAUAUGCUCAACAAAAGAAUUACAAACUUCUAUUUUGAUA